AGGCAGCGGAGCGGGACCCGAGGCGCAAGGGCGCGAGGGGUUGGCCAACCCGCCGGCACCUAUGGCGCCCACCGCCUUCUGGGCCGCGCUGGCGGUCGGUCUGCAGUUCUGGGCCGCGGGCCGCGCGGUGCCCGCCCAGGCUGGGUUUACCCCCUACAUCCCGGAGCCCGGAAGCUCAUGCCGGCAGCAAGAAUUCUACAACCAAAAGAUCCAGAUGUGCUGCAGCAAAUGUCCACCAGGCUUCCGUGUACAGUCUUCAUGCAACACGACCUCAGACACUGUAUGUGCCUCCUGUGAGAGCAGCACAUACACCCAGCUCUGGAACCUGGUCACUGCGUGCUUUAGCUGUAACUCGCGCUGCAGCUCUGACCAGGUGGAAACUCAAGCCUGCACAACGAAACAGAAUCGCAUCUGCACCUGCAGGCCAGGCUGGUACUGCACCCUGGGGAGGCAGGAGGGCUGCCGGCUGUGUGUAGCGCUGCGCAAAUGUGCCCCUGGCUUCGGCGUGGCCAAACCAGGAACUGCAACAACAAAUGUGAUGUGCGCUCCCUGUGGCCCGGGGACGUUCUCGGACACAACAUCACACACGGAUACCUGCAGGCCUCACCGGAACUGUAGUUCUGUGGCCAUUCCUGGUACCGCAUCGACAGAUGCAGUCUGCACCUCUGUGGUCCCCACCCGGAAGGUGGCCCGGGGCCCAGCCACCACAAGAUCCCAGCGCAUGGAGCCGACUCCAGGGUCCAGCACAGCUCCAAGCACCUUCUUCCUCCUCCCAAAAGUCCCAAGUCCUCCAAGUUCCCCAGUGGAACAGCCCAACACAGGGAACAUCUCUCUUCCCAUUGGACUGAUUGUGGGUGUGACAGCAUUGGGUCUGCUACUGAUAGUUGUCGUGAACUGUGUCAUCAUGACCCAGAAAAAAAAGAAACCCUUCUGCCUGCAAGGAGACGCCAAGGUGCCUCACCUGCCCGCCAACAAGGCCCAAGGUGCCCCAGGCCCUGAGCAACAGCACCUGCUGACCACGGCGCCAAGCUCCAGCAGCAGCUCCCUGGAGAGCUCGACCAGCACCACGGACAAGAAGGCGCCCAUCAGGUCUCAGCUGCAGGCGCCAGGCGUGGAGAAGGCCAGCAUGACCGGGGAGGCUCGGACCAGCUGCGGCAGCUCAGCAGAGGCAUCCUCUGGUGGCCAUGGGACCCAGGUCAACGUCACCUGCAUCGUCAAUGUUUGCAGCAGCCCUGAUCACAGCUCGCAGUGCCCCUCCCAGGCCGGCUCCACGAAGGACACAGACACCAGCACCCCCAACUCCCCGAAAGAGGAGCAGGUCCCCUUCUCCAAGGAGGAAAGCCCCUUUCAGUCCCAGCUGGGGGCUCCAGAGACUCUGCUGCAGGGCCUGGAGGAGAAGCCCCUGCCGCUCGGCGUGCCUGAUGCAGGAAUGAAGCCCAGUUAACCCGGCUGGUCGUGGGCUGUGUCACCGCUGAGGGGGGGCCAACCUCUGGUGCUUCUCCGCCCCUCCCCUCCCCCAGGACUCUGGCUCUUUCUGAGCCAGAUUCCUUUGUGCACAGCCUCAGCCUUCCUCUCACCUGCAGGCAGAAGAAUGAGGCGGGGAGAGUCAUGAUGUGUCCUGUCUUGGUGUGUGUCUAACUUGGAAGGCUGGCGGACACAAAUGUGCUGGACAGCCUGGGACAAGCCCUUGCCUCUCUGAGAGCUGCCCCCCAGCCGGUCCUGCAGUCUUGGCUUCUGGAGCCCUUGUGGUUUUGGGGUUUUAUUAUUAUUAUUUUUUAAUCCCUGGACUCUACUCAGCUCUGGCUUCUUGUCAGGGAGGAAGGAUGCUGUGUGUAUCAGUGGAGAGAGAUAGUGGAGAAAGACAGGACUUUAGCCUGAAUGGGAGACUGCAGGAUGGUCCCAGUGAGGGUGGGCAGGUGUCAUUAAGUCAGAUGGUUCUAUGCGGGGAGAGGGUGGCAACCCCUAUAAGGGUCCCCCAGGUUAGCUCAGGACCCUGGGCAGCACCACCUCCAAAUCCACUCCUGCUAUCUCAAUCUCAUACCAUGGGCUAAAAACUGGAUGCCCAGAGGGCCCGGGCAGGCAGCCUUCUCAAUGAGUGCUGUGACCUGGUUAAGAUGCCAAAUCUCUAACUGGAAAUCUUCUAGUUUAAACUUGUGGCAAUUAAAAAAAAGAAAAAAGCACCAUGGUGCAGACAGACAAGCCACAGUGUAACAAAGCCAGACUCAAGAGUUUGCAUCCUCUGCCUUUGACCUUCACUCCCAUUUACCCACAGUGCCAGCUUCCCCUCCCCUACUGUUUGGUGUGGGACUCCAAGGCCACACCUUUUCCUAUCAGGGAAUUUCAGGAACUGGAGAUGACUGAGGCCCUGCAGCCAUCUCCUCCUACCUCAGCCUGGACCUUCCUCUUUUGCCUCCCAAAGGGGUGUACCUGUUUCUCUCGACGCCCCCUCCUGCUGCGCCUGAAGUCCCAGGUCCCAGUGGAGCCUCAGAGCCACUGUGCCCACCAAGAUCCUGGGUGGACAUAAGAUGCUGAGAGCUGGUCUUGUGUCUGUGUGUCUGUGUUGUAUAUUGUGGUUCCGUGUGGCCUGUGUUGUCAGGUCAAAUGACCUUCCGGAAACUGAAGUGCUGAAGCCAGCACUUGGGCUGACGGAUUCUUCCCCAUUAAGGAGUCCCCCCACUCCCCAAAAUAUAUGCCCAGGCCCUGCAGACGAUGGAUAAGUGAGGCCUUAGCCAGAUUCUGGAAGGCAGGGGGAUGGGGGCCUCCUUGAGAGGACAGCUGGAUCCCAUAUUACUUGGAUCCCUUGUUGAAAAAUUCCAUUGAGCUUGAACUUGGCAGCUGAACUUUUAGAGGGUAGAAGAAGCCCAGCCAUUACCCUGGAGUGAAGAAAGGCUUCCCACGCUGGGAUCAAGAUGUCCCCGUGCCUGGACUGGCGAGUCUCCAACCGCGUUGGACCCUUUACGGCCGUGGAGCACUUCUGCCCCCUGGUGGACUAUUCUGGGAGGACCUUAGACUUCCUUGCUGUCACCCCCACAGAAUGGGGAUGAAUUAGGAGACUCUGGGUGUGGCUUCAUUUUGUUACCAGAGAGGCCGCUAGACCCUUGGUCAAAACCCAUUGACCCCCCUCCCUGGAACAGGAACUCACAUAAACCUUUAAGUCACAGGAUUGGAACACGAAGAAAGAAACUAUAGGCAGAGAAAAAUAAAAACUGGAUAGAACCAGCUGAAACCAAGAUGGAGAUGCAUCUGACCUCCAGCAGACCCCGAGUCUCAGUUGACACUGAUUUUACUACAUUAGCUACUCAAUGACAUACCUACCGGUCGCCGUGACCAGGAAUCACUGACCAAAAAAGGACAGAAAAGAGGUGGCACCCCAUUUCUAGGAAAAUCCUGCCUCUUUCCCAGAAAACGAGAGCAUUUGCCUACCCAUCAUCCCUCGCACUCUUCCCCCCAUUGUUCUUAAUAGCAAAUCUGGCUCCCCAUUAAGGCGAGAAGUUUGUUUAUGAACGGUUAGUAAGUUCCCACUUCUCCAUUCUCUGACCAAUGAGUAAAGCUUAUGCUGCUGUACUCUCAGUUUCCAUUUUGGGUUUGGUUGUGUGAACUCAAACAGAAAAAGAACCUUCUCUGCCAAGGUAGGGGCUUUGGCCAGGCCAGGGCCCACGUUCUGGGGGGAGUCCGUUUGACCUAACUGAUAACAGUUUUCCCAGCUUGUGGGCUUGUGUUGAUCCCAAGGACAAGGAGAGUUUGCACUGUAUGUAUCCUGACAGCAUUCCUGCUUAUGAAUAAACCUUUUAUUUGUUUUUUACUUUGA